AGUCACGCUCCUCACGCAUGUUAUAGACAACUCCAAUACCCAUCAUGCAACGCCGUGGAGUGACGUCACGUCAUAGUUUUCAUCAGGAAGCGGAACCAUAAAAGUUGUUCCCCCCGCGCCUUUGUUGUGUUAAACCCUUCGUUUUCUCAUCUGAGCGCGGCUGUUAAGGUAUCCACCUAACUUUACUAAAACAAACUAUCAGUUUAAGGAUUUAGAGAAGACAGUCUGGCGUAUACAAUCGGUUAUUGUUUGCUCGCAGUCCAGUAAUGCUGUUUUGACUGAGUUGUAGAAAACCCAUCACCACAACAACAAAUACCGACUCUACCAUGAAUCUUGAACGUAUUCCCAAUGAGGAGAAGCUUAGUCUCUGCAGAAGAUACUAUCUAGGUGGUUUCGCAUUCCUCCCCUUUCUCUGGCUGGUUAAUGUGAUGUGGUUUUUCAAAGAGGCCUUUUUAAAACCUGCGUAUACAGAACAACCACAGAUCAAAUCCUAUGUAAAGAAGUCUGCUCUGGGGCUCUUAUUGUGGGUGGCCGUGCUGACGACAUGGAUCACCAUAUUCCAGCAUUUCAGAGCCCAGUGGGGUGAGGUGGGAGAUUACCUCUCCUUCACCAUUCCACUCGGCACAGCCUGAUGAGACGGCACUGCUUUACAAUACCUCUGUUUUUUAUUCUGUUUUUCUCCUCCCAUCGACAUGAUGCUCCUUGGCUAAUUUGACCACUGUCGUCGCAUAGAAGAUAAACUGGAUCUGUCUGGGAGUUGUGGUAUUUUGUGAACUGAUGAAAUCGUUUGUUGAUUGAGUGAGAUAAUACCGACACAGAUGCACCAUGCUAAAGCGCAAGAGUUCAUUUCCAGCACUACUACUACUAUUAUUACCUGUUCCUUCUUUUUUUUUUUUUUGGUUUUAGCUGAGAUGUUUAUUUUGUUAUAUUUGAGAACACAUUUAUAUUAUCACCUCUGACCUCUGUCGAUACAUUGAAAAGAAUGUAUGACAAAAAUAAUCUCUGGACCAGGCAGAUACAUCCAAAAUAAAGUCUUUGAACUGUAUUUUGGCAGUUGAUUUGACAUGUAAUUGUAUUGUUCUCAAAGAAAAAGGCCAUUUGUUUUGUUUGUUUUUCAGCUAUAUUCUAAUCAUUUGUAUGGACUGUAAGAACCACAUAUUUUGUCCAUAAAUUAAAACUGUGUUUUGCACAAUUUGAAAUAAAAUAUGAGAAUGUC